UUCCCGUCCUACGUCCUAGAAAAAAUGAAUGCAUGUUGGACUCAGAUUCACAGCAUGCUCUGAACUUUUCUCCCACUUGUAGUCUCUUGGUGAAUCAUUAACUAUGACUGUCUGUCCAGCAUGCUUCAUGCCCCCUUUAAACCAAGACAUUCAAAAACUUUACUAAAUCACUAAAGGAGAUUUCAAUUUUAUUUAAAAAAAAAACCAAGACUUUUUUUUUAUGGAAUUGCUAUUUUUACUUGAACUUAAAGCUACCAUGCACCUUUUUAAACAUUUUCUGGAAUUAUCUUAAAACCGCAGUCUAAUGAGAUGGAAAAUGCGGUUCUCCUAUAUUUGAAGAUUUGGAUAUGGGUGUGACUGGUUUACCUACCCUGCUAUUAAUGUUGUUGGUUAAUGUAAAGAUUGUUAUGCUCGCUCCUGCCCAGCCCGUCUGCGAUAGUCACAUUUUGGACAGAUACAUCAAAGAAGCCAGGGAGAUGGAAACAGCAAUGGAUUCUAUUCAGUUUCCAGAGGACAUAACCGUUCCUGAAACAAAACUGAACCCAGCACUGUGGAAGAAGUUAAAUAAGUUACAACAGGCAGCAGAUGUCUGGAAGGGACUUAACUUGUUUACUAAGGCGAUACAGAGGAUACGGGAUUUUAUCACAGAUGCCACCGUAAAAUUUUCUGUGGAUAAAUCUUACAGCAACAUCCGGAGCAUCAGUCAGCUAUUUAAGCGUCUAAAUAUACAGGAUGAAACUCAAACUAUGCAAUCAGAGGAAAGUACUCUUUCAGUACGGACUUUAAAAAAAUUCUUCUCUGUUUACACAAACUUUUUAAGAGGGAAAUGUAAACUUCUAUUGAUUGAAAUAUGCAGAGAGGAUAUCUGUAUCGAAGGAAGCUGUAAAUCCUACAGCUAAGCUCUACAAAUGCCACUUCUAAAAACCGUACUUCUUCACUCCAGGGGCACUACACGGGUUGACAAGGACAUAUAAAUCUUAAAUUGGAGCUAUUUUUAUGUAAUACGAUUUUUAUAUGGAUUAUGGACAUUUUUUUUAUAUCUGUAUUUGGAGGAAACGUAAGGUCAAGAGAUUCAAGAAAGAGUUUAUAUUUGAUAUUAAGUUAAAAAAUUGUAAAUAUUUCUAAAUAUUUAUCUUUAUUUAGGGUUGCAUAAUAAAUAUAUUUUCUAAGGGAUUUUAAUUGUGUGUCUGAAAAAAAUAUGUAAAUCACAAAUACAUUAUACUGUGUAUAUGGAUUGAUAAAAGAAAAUAACAUACUAGUUUAACUUGAUGCUGAGUAACUAUGCAUUGAUAACAACCAUAAUGCGUUCUACAGUGAUUCUAAGUAAGUGAGAUUGAAGAAAA